AUGGAGAAGGCAACCUCAGAAUUCGUAGAAAGCGUGGAUUCUCACCAACUGGCACAUAUUUCAAAUCACGAAGAUCAUGAACUCGGCAAAUGGCAAUGCAUCAAGAGAUAUCCCUUGAUUUUUGCUUGGUGCGUCUACGCCGUCUGGUGCAUCUUGCUUGUCAGCUUUGAAAACCAAGCCUCUGGCAAUGUCACUAGUAUUCCUGAGUUCCGCAAAGACUUCGGCUCUUAUUACGAUGGGGAUUAUGUUCUCAAUGCCAAAUGGCAAUCAGCCUUCAGUGGGGGCCCAGUCGCUUCUGCAGUUAUUGGUGCCCUUUGUUCAGGCCAGAUUGCUGAUAGUAUUGGCCGAAGAACAACCAUAGGCAUUGCGCUGUUAAUAUCCACUGCGGGUAUUACUGUCGAGCUCGUGGCGACUACUAACCAGUUGUUCUUUGGUGGAAAGUUUUUGAAUGGGUUUGCACUAGGCGCGCUGGCCUCUGUUCCUGUUACCUAUGUUGGCGAGAUUGCCCCUCUCGCCCUUCGUGGUACACUUACAUGCGUAACAGCGUUGGCCUAUGUGAUCGGUCCUCUUGUCGUCGCUCUCAUAACCAACACAACUGGAAACUUCACAACCCGCUGGGCAUAUCGCGCCGUAUUCGUCGCACAAUACGGCUUCGCUGUCAUCGCGCUCGCCUUUAUUAUGUUUAUGCCUGAGUCUCCCUGGUGGCUUCUCACAAAGGCACAGGAGGAAAAAGCAAAGAAAUCGCUUCGCAGACUGGGUUAUAACGAGAGGGAGCAGCUAAAGAAAAUUGCAUUAAUCAAAAUUACACUCGAGGAAGUGCGAGGUGAGACUGAGGGCGCCACGUACAUUGAGUGUUUCCGACGAUCAAAUCUCCGCCGUACCAUCAUUUCCAUCAUGCCGUUGACAAUCCAGGCAUUAUCGGGCGUGAUAUUCACUGCAGGCUACUCGACCUAUUACAUGCAGCUAGCGGGAUACAGCACGACAAUGAGCUUCAAGCUUCAGAUAGCUCAGCAAAUUGUAUCGCUUGUUGGAAAUGUCAUGUCAUAUUUCAUUAUUGAUCGCGUUGGGCGCCGUAAUAUGAUGAUUUAUGGCUUGGUCGUGUUAACAGUUAUUCUUAUGCUAACAGGUGGCCUUGCUGUUGUUGGAUCUCAGACUGGAAAUCCAAAUGCACCCGGUGCUAUCAAGGGAACUGUCGCUCUCAUUCUUGUUUUUUGUUGGUGGUACAAUUUGACCAUUGGCUCGGCAGGGUAUACUAUCCUCACUGAGGUGUCAACUUCUAGGUUGCGAAUCAAGACGAUCGCUAUUGGAUUGGCACUACAGAACGCUCUCUACACUAUGUGGGCAUUUGUUUUGCCGUACCUAUUCAACCCAGAUGAGGCGAAUCUUGGCGCCAAAGUGGCAUUUGUCUUUGGUGGGCUGUGUGUGCUUUGUAUGGUAUAUCUAUGGUUUUUUCAACCUGAGACGGCAGGUCGAACUUAUGGAGAGCUGGAUGAGAUGUUCAUCAAUAGGGUUCCAGCGAGGGAAUUCAAGGGAUACCAGACUACAAAUGAGGCUAUGGGGGCUGCCAUGAAAGGUGGCGCUGAUAUCGGUCCUUAG